UAACUGACAAAUGGAAUGAAAAUAAACACGUUGAAAUCUUGAGAAUUUAUUCCUAAUCGAGGGAUAAUUCGGGUCGCAUAAUAUUAUUUAGUGAAAACUGCUACUCAUAUACAACAUGAAUUGGGAAGAUGAUGACAUAAUGGAUACAUCAAAUCUACAGUUUGUUGGUGAUUUUGAUUUACAAGUGCAAGAAAUUUUGUCAUAUGUGAGACUGACUGCGGAGAGAGUACAUAGUCUGAAACUUUUGUUUGAUGACUUAGAAUUUGCACUGCAGCAAUUGGCGCCUGGUUGCCAAAUAGAACCAUUUGGCUCUGUGGUGACUGGGCUCGGGAUAAAGUCAAGUGACGUGGACUGUUACGUGGCGCUGCCGCCAGGCGAGCUGCCCAGUCCUGAGCAUGUCGUCCGCGCUAGGAGGAUACUCGGCCGGUACAACACUAAGUUCACUCGGCUACUAGCAAUCACAAAUGCCAAAGUUCCCAUAGUCAAGUUUCUCCACAUCCCUACUCAGUGUCAUUGUGAUGUCAAUUUCAAAAGUCCUGCCGGAGUGCGCAAUAGCAAACUACUCGCUUUCCUACUGCACUGGGACAGACGAGCCCUUCCCUUAGCCAUUCUGAUCAAAUACUGGGCUAAACUAAACAAUUUUAUAGGCACCAAUCGGAUGGGCAAUUACGCGUUAAUGAUGAUGGUGGUAUUUUAUUUGCAAUUGAAGAACAUUCUGCCCGCUGUGUAUCGGCUGCAGGCCAACGUGCCGUCCUACAUGGUGGACGGCUGGAACACUGCCUUCGACGAAAGUAUGCGCGGCGACGGCACCAACACUGAGUCAUUGUACCACCUGAUGGGCGACUUCUUCAAAUGCCUUAGCACAUUCAACUUUGCUGAAUUUGUAAUUUCACCGUAUUUAGGGCGCGCGAUCCCUAAGAAAUGUUUCGAAAAUUUUGAUCUUCCGGACGAGUUCCAUUUAUACAAGCAACAUGUUACAGUGGAUGUCCGUAAAAAAAUAAAUAUAAAAACCAAAGUUUGCGUUCAAGACCCCUUCGACCACGCAAGGAACUGUACUGUUGGCGUCUACGAAAGGCUGGUGGACAAAAUAUUGUUUCACUUUAAUUUCGCGGCGCAUAAGUUUAGCGAACAGCCAAGUCACAAUUUUCUAAAAGUUAUAUUGACGCAAGAUCCAAACAGUCGGCCAAUUAGCAAGGCGUUACCGCCGCAUCUACUUAAACAUAAUAAAAUACAAAAAGCAAACAAAACGAAACAGAAGCAAAAAGGGCUGCGAACUGGUUUAUCGAUGCUCGCAAACAAUCGCUCAGCAAUCACUGUGUUGACGAAAGGAGACAUAUCAACAAAGUAAGUCAGUCAUCGCGUCUGAGUAUAAUGUUGUCGAUACCUAUUGUGUACCUGCGUUACUGCGCGUGCGUAGCUAAGUGAGAGAGACCGCGACAGACUGUGCGCUGCAUAAUAUUAUGUGUAACAUAUGCCUGUUGACGCAUACUAAAUACUGUUUUAAGUAGAAUAUUUUUAUUAGAAGAUAUAUAUUAUGUACAUAAAUAUUUAAAAUAGAAAAACAGAAAAAAGUGAAAAGAAAAGACUUCGGAGUUUGGAUAAAUACUUAAAUAUUAUACUUAGAUAUAUUUGUAUUGGUGGGUACGUAUAUCCAUUAGUAUUUUUCCCAAUCUUGAUGUGACAUUUUAAUACCAAUGAAAGUAACAAACAUGAAAAAUAAGCUUAAAGCAUCUUAUUGUGUAGACACAGUACUACUGUUAGUUAUGGUAUCAACUACACAAUAAGAAUUUGAAAUAUUCAUUAUUAAUAUGACACAUGACUUGUAAAAAAUUCACAAUGUACACACAGAUAAAAUAAUCAUUGAUCAGUGAACUUACUUGUAAAAAGGCCUAUUAAAGUUGAUAUUUAAAAUGUAAUUAGGUUAGUAUGUUUUAUAAUUAUGUAAGUAGUUACUGAUUUUGUCGAAAAGUCAUCACAUUUAUGGUUCUUCCGUGGACAUAGUAUUAUUGUAAUUUCUCAGGGGUUGUUCAAAUUAUUUUAGUAGUUUAACAUAUUUUAGUGUACCUAUAAAGUUCAGGUUUUUGCCAAUUUUUGGUAAAAUAAGUUGUUUAGGUAGUUACAUCUUUUCGGCCUUACAUUUUUUUUUACUUGUAUCGAAUGUGAAAUAAAAUAUUGGCACAUAAUAGUGUACAAACUUGUAUAAUAUAAACACAAGAUCUUGCAGGUGUUAGGUCAAGCAAUGAAAUUCAACUUUCUUUUUUAGAUUCAAAAGAAAAAGUAGAUAAAAUGAUUCGCGAAUCACUACAAUUUUUACGAAAAAUGAAACUUUUCCUUUUCAUUUAAAGUAUAUACUUAUCACGACCUGACCCAGCAUCUCCAAGAUGUUGCCUACAUCUUCUUACCCCUUGUAUUAGGUAGGUAGCUAGCUAUUCUAGUCUUCCACCAUUAUUGUAAGUAUAUACUACUUACUAAUACAAUUUCUUUAUAUUGUAAUUCUCGUGAGACAUAUUAAACUUAAUUACAUUUGUUUACCGA